CAACCCUAUUUAUUAUUUCAUUUUGCUCCGGGAGAGUUUUCAGCCUCCUCUCAACAUCCCUGUCUGAAAAGAAGCCACAAUGACAGGCUGGAUCUGGCUACUUGUGGUGAUUUUACUGUGCCAGCAGCUUGCUCUCUUUAAAGUGAUGGCCGCAAAGAAAGAGAGAAAGAAGAUGAAAGAGCCCAAUCAGUAUACAGAGCCCUUCAAUGCCACCUUAUCCAACAGCGAAGAACUGCAUGAGCAUGCCAAGAUUCUAGAAUCUCCUGAUCCUCGAAUCACAGAUCCCCGGCGCACCUGGAUCUCAUUUGUACAUCGCCCGGACGAUGGCAACAACUCCAAAAGGAAAUGCAAAGGGAGAGACAAGAAAUUACGUGGCCUUGUCGGGCCCCCAGGGCCGCCGGGCCCCCAGGGACCUCCAGGAGCACCAGGGGCAGAAGUCACCCAGGAAGUCCUGCUGCAGGAGUUCAAGCAGAUACUAAAAGAAACCAUUGACCGGCGGGCAUCUCUGGCUAUCUCAGCCCACCCCAGCCAACUGCCUCCGCUCCUGUUGUCCCUGGAGGAGACCGCGCCCUACAAACGGGUGGAGGAAGCGUUCCACUGCAAACUGAAAGGGCAGGUCGUUGUGGACAAGAAGACCCUGGUGGAACUUCAGAACUUCCAGUCGCCUCUGGCCAAAGGA